AUGGCAGAUCCACUUUAUCUCCAAGAUGUGCAAUCAAGAUUGAUCUUCAGAAGGCUUUUGAUUCAGUGGACUGGAGCUUCAUACUCUCAGUCUUGCUAUUUUAAAGGAGCAAGGGGAGUGCGGCAGGGAGAUCCACUUUCCCCUUACUUGUUUGAUCUAGCUAUUAAUGUUUUGUCCAGACUAUUGGAUGCUACUGCUGUAGAUGGUGUCUUUGAUUAUCAUCCUAAAUGCAAAGGAAUUAAAUUAACUCACCUUUGCUUUGCUGAUGACUUGUUGAUUUUCGCAAAGGGAACAUUGGACUCAUUGAACUGUGAGAAAAGUGAGCUCUAUCAGGCAGGGGUUAGCAGGGAAGAACUUGCCAGAAUCCAGCAAGCUUCUGGGUUUAAGAUUGGUACGUUACCAGUUAGGUACCUUGGGGUCCCAUUGGUGUUUAGAAGGCUCACAGAGAAAGACUGUUCACCCUUAGUUGACAAGAUAACAGCAAGGAUUAAUAGCUGGGCUACAAGACACCUAUCAUAUGCUGGCAGGUUACAACUAAAAAGAAAAGAAGGAUCAAUAAAAGGAGCUAGAGUAAGUUGGAAGGCAAUAUGCUAUCCUAAGUCUGAGGGAGGGCUUGGAGUAAAAGAUAUCUUGACCUGGAAUCUGGCUUGUGUCUUGCAGAACAUCUGGUCAAUAAUUGCAAAAGCUAGUUCUUUAUGGAUCGCUUGGAUUGAAGUUUAUGAAUUGAAGGGAAAGGCCAUAUGGAAAGUAGCUGCCAAGCAAACUAGCAGUUGGAAUUGGAGGAAAUUGCUUCAAAUAAGGCAGAUCGCACAAAAUUUCAUUAAAAAGGAAAACGGAGUGGAGGUAUGGCCAUUUCCAAAAGGACGUUAUGAUACUGCCAUGCCGCUAAGGUUGAGAUGGAAAUUCUCUCUCAUUUUUUCUUCAAUAUCCGUGGUGGAACUUGGACUUAGUCCAUCAGUACCUGUUCACAUAGUUCUUCAAGACUGGAUAAGACACUCAGAUGGGAAGCUUAGUUUGUUGGGAUUUGUUAGACUUCUGCACUGGUUCACAGCACCUUCUCAUGUUUAUUUCUAUUCGUGUUUGGGGAUUUCUUCCUUUUCUUCGUUUUGCAGGAUUGUGCAGAUGAGGAUGCAUCGCAAAAUGUAUCCAGUGUAA